AGCACUGACAAGUUUUCUACACAAAAUAUCUCUGCACUGAACGUUUGCAGGAGCUGUUUAUAAGAGCAGAGAGCUGGAGAAAUCAUAUUUUAUUUUAUUGCAGAAAACACAUUUUGUUUGCAUUUUUUUAUCUUUAAUAGACUGUGACUGACAGCACUUAGCUGUGCUUGCAUUAAGCAACUUUAACUAAUUUGUUAUUUUUCUGACAAAUUUGCUCUUCCAAUUUUUCGCAUGAAUCUCCUGGAUCCAUUCAUGAAGAUGACAGAAGAACAGGAAAAGUGUAUGUCUGGUGCCCCCAGUCCUACAAUGUCUGAGGACUCUGCUGGGUCCCCUUGUCCGUCUGGAUCUGGCUCAGACACUGAGAACACCAGACCCCUAGAGAACACUUAUCCCAAAGGUGACCAGGACUUGAAAAAGGAAACAGAUGAUGAAAAAUUCCCUGUUUGUAUCAGAGAAGCAGUUAGCCAGGUGCUGAAAGGAUAUGACUGGACCCUGGUGCCAAUGCCUGUAAGGGUUAAUGGAUCCAGUAAAAGCAAGCCUCACGUUAAGAGACCAAUGAAUGCCUUUAUGGUAUGGGCUCAGGCUGCAAGGAGGAAGCUAGCAGAUCAGUACCCUCAUCUACACAAUGCAGAACUUAGCAAGACUCUGGGCAAACUCUGGAGGUUGCUGAAUGAGGGGGAGAAGCGCCCCUUUGUGGAAGAAGCUGAGAGGCUCAGGAUCCAGCACAAGAAAGAUCACCCAGACUACAAGUACCAGCCACGGCGCAGAAAGUCGGUGAAGAACGGCCAGUCUGAUCCAGAUGACGGCUCUGAGCAAACCCACAUCUCACCUAACGCUAUCUUUAAAGCCCUUCAAGCUGACUCCCCGCACUCUGCCUCCAGCAUGAGCGAAGUCCACUCCCCUGGGGAGCACUCAGGUCAAUCACAGGGUCCUCCAACUCCUCCAACCACCCCCAAAACAGAUGUGCAACCAGGAAAGACAGAUCUAAAGAGAGAAGGUCGCCCACUGCCAGAAAGUGGCAGGCAACCACCCCACAUUGAUUUCCGUGAUGUAGACAUAGGGGAAUUAAGCAGUGAGGUCAUUUCCAACAUUGAGGCCUUCGACGUCAAUGAGUUUGACCAGUACCUUCCUCCUAAUGGCCACCCUGGAGUUGCCUCUACCCAGGUGACCUACACAGGCACUUACGGCAUCAGCAGUGCAACCAGUGCCACAACUGGAGCUGGACAUACUUGGAUGUCCAAGCAACAACAACCACAGCCUCAACAGCCUCAACAACACACACUGUCCACUUUGAACACAGAGCAGAGCCAAUCACAGCAGAGGACACACAUCAAAACAGAGCAGCUGAGCCCCAGCCAUUACAGUGACCAACCUCAACAACACUCCCCACAACAACUCAACUACAGCUCUUUCAACCUACAACAUUAUGGUUCCUCAUACCCCACCAUCACCCGGGCACAAUACGACUACACAGAACAUCAAGGUUCAAAUUCCUACUACACCCAUGCUGCUGGACAAAGCUCCAGCCUCUAUUCCACCUUUAGCUACAUGAAUCCAAGCCAACGUCCUAUGUACACUCCAAUAGCAGAUACGACGGGGGUACCUUCCAUUCCCCAGACACACAGCCCACAACAUUGGGAGCAGCCUGUCUACACACAGCUUACCAGACCCUAAAGCUGUAAGUCUAUAUUAUUGACUUUAACAGACAGUUGUUGGAGAGAGUCCACAAGUGGCACCCUUUUCCUAUAUGUGGCAUGAUGCCCUCUGCUGGCAGCCAGAUAGAACGGGCAUAUUGCUCUUUAAAUGACUGGUUCCUUGGCUGUUUGGAGAACUUUAUAAUUAUGAUGGUUUUUAGCCGUAAUUGGGAAAAAUUUAAAAGAGCAGAUCCUCUGUGAGGACUUUUCUUUAUGCAAAAUAUUUUUAGUAUGUACUGUGUAUGUAUCAAUACCUUUUUGCAAGGGUUUAUACAUUUAUAUUUUAGGAACUGUUUUUUGUAAUAAAAAAAUAUAUUUUUUUCUGCAACUGCUCAUCUAGUUUCUAGAAAUACACCCUCUUUUUUCAAUCAAAAUAUUUUUGUAUAAAAUUGUAUUCUUGCAUUAUUUUUGAUAAUUGAAAGAGAGGCCUCUAAAAAUGCCCCAUUCCAUGUAAUAUGGAGUCUUAAAAAAAUAAACAAGGGGGUCUAAUUGUUGUAAGCAAUUAAAAUAGCAUUGAUUUAUGUAGGAAUAUAUUUCCACUACAAUAUCCAAGUGCCAAUAUUAAAUUAGCGUUCAAAGCUAAUAACUCACAUGUUGCCUAAAAUUCCAUAUAUAACAAAAUCUUAAGUGCCCUUGAAAUCUUCAGUAAUCAUCAGCAGCAAACCCUUGCCUAUACAGCACCAGAGCUGAAAAAAGCAUCCUUAAAUUAUUUAUUUUAUAAUAGAAAUAUGAUGGAAAAAAUGUAAAAAAAAAAAUGCUCAAAAAUAUUCCAGAAUUCUUAUUGUUUUGUGUAAAUUUUAAAAAUAUAUUAGCAUGCUGCUGAUUCCGCCUUUGGAAGAUAUGCUUUUUUUGUUAAAUUAUGUUUUUUAAUAUUUUAUUGUGUCUCAUCCUGUAUUUUUUUUUUUGUUUUUCUUAGCUCUACUUAAAUGAAAACAUUUUUUUAAAGUCAUGAAAUAAAAAUUUAACCCAAUUUAACCUAUUUUGUUUGGCAGCAAAUUAUAUAUUAUAGGGAAUUUUUUUACCUAUGAAGUCACAAUACAUAAUCCCCGAAGAGGAUUUUUUAUUAUUUUUUUUUACUUGCCGUUAUGGUGCUAACUAGACAAUUCAGUAAAUAGUUACUCUGAUAAAAGAACUGACAGACUUUAACAAAAGUUUUAUUUUUAACACUUGCUAAAAUAUUUUUUUUUUAUUUUAUUCAUAAUUGUUUAGAUACCAUUGAGCACUCCCUAAUUAUAUUAUUUGUUAUAAAGUGGCUUAAAUAUUGUUUUAACUUAAGAACAAAAAUGGACAAAAUUCUCAAAAAGUGACUCAUGCUCUUUCCAUGUUGAGUCAUACUGAAAUCUUUUGCCUAUCCUAAUGUAAUUGUUGCUAUGUUUUUUUCAUGUGACUUUUUUGUGUAAUAUUUUUGCAAUAAAUAUGCAAUGUACUAAAACUGAA